AUGAAAUUGCUUUUGCUUUCCUCCACGUUAUUCUUCUACAUCUUUGGCUAUUCAACAGCGGAUGAUGAACCAGUCUCAUAUAGACUGAUAGAACAUCAAACACCUAAAAAAUACAUCUUAGAUUUGGAAUUUAAAAAGGAAAUAUUCGAAGGUACCAGCGUCGACUUCAAUGGAUCGCUAACAAUAAAUUUCAUGGUGGCUAGGUCCAUUCAAAGCAUCCAAUUCCAUGCUCCAGUUACCAUUAAAUCAAAACAAUUUAUAGACAAUCAAACUUAUCCUGUUCCCAUAGAAGAAGAGACUUUCGAUCCGGUGACACAUAUCUACACAAUCACAGCCAAGGAGAAAUUGAAUUAUACACACGACUACACACUGAUCAUUGAGUACUCAUCCACGAUCAACACAGGUAGUAUGACUGGAGUUUACAGGAGCAGCUACGUAGAUGAAGUUGGAAACACUCAGUAUUUUGUCGCAACUCACUUUCAACCUACGUACGCUCGUUUCGCUUUUCCAAGCUUCGACGAACCAAAAAUGAAGGCAACUUUUCUGAUCAGCAUCAUCUAUCCCAAGGGUUUGACCGCUCUAGGCAACGCUGUGCAGGCUGGUGAAACAAUUGAGAUAGAUGACUAUUACGAGAAAGUUACUUUCAAGGAAACCCCGGUUAUGUCUACGUAUCUGGUUGGAUUUAUUCUCUCGAAACUCACCUGUUCCAAAGGGAAGGAUAUUAAUAACAGUAUUCCUUACCAAGUCUGCUCCAGACAAGAACUAGAAGGAGAUCGGACACUCGCCCUUGACUUAGGACCUCCAUUCGUUCAAAGGCUGGAAAAUAUAACCGCUCUCAAUUAUAGCGACCACUUGUUGGGGAAAUUGGACCAAGUGGCCAUUCCAGGUUAUACAGCGAAUUAUAUGGAGAACUGGGGACUUACUACAUAUAGAGAAUCAUCUCUCUUGUGGAACACCAGAGAGUCUUCGAUUGCUUACAGAAAUAAGGCUAUGGAUCUGUUUUUAGAACUAGCCCACAAUUGGUUCGGGAAUUUAGAAACAGCAAGUUGGUGGGACUACACAUUUCUAAAUCUUGGUUUUUCUAGGUUCUACCAAUACCACGCGGCUGCCGAGGUAGACGAAUUUAAAAGUUGGGAACUGGAAAAUCAGUUUGUGAUCGAUCAGUUGCAAUCCUCGUUAAAAUUAGACGCUUUGUCAUCAGCUUCAGCGUUGUCGUACCCAGUAGAAACUCCUCCAGAGAUUUUAACAAAGUUUAAUACAUUGGCUUACAGCAAAGCUGCAAGCAUAAUUAGAAUGGCACAACAUGUUAUGGGACCUGAAAAUUUCCAAAAGGGCGUUCGUUAUUUUUUGCCUAUAUAUAAUGGCAGUGUAAUAAUACCUAUAUAUGUAUGGAACCAGCUUGGCGUCUUUACAACUAGGGAUAUGAUGCCUUCAACAGAAAAUUUGAACGGUGCUAUGACCAGCUGGACUGAAAAAGCAGGAUUUCCUCUUGUCACAGUCACAGCUAAAGGCAACAACAUUGUUUUGACUCAGCAAAGAUUUCUAUACUCUGGCGAAGAAGAUUUCACUGAAUGGUACGUGCCUAUCACUUAUACCCUUUCCGAAGAUUUCAACAAAUUUGAGAACACCACAACUAAAGUGUGGUUGACACCUGGAACAAGUCAAACUCUUUAUGAUAUCCUUGAAGAAAACGAAUGGAUAAUUCUCAACAAUCAGCAAGUUGGUUACUAUAGAGUAAACUAUGACAACUCCCUAUGGGAGAAGGUCAAGAACCUCCUCGUCACUAACCACACUUCCAUCCACGUGCUUAACAGGGCCCAAAUCGUAGAUGAUUUACUGAAUCUAGCAAGAGCAAAUAUACUGGACUAUUCCUAUGCUUUCGAUAUAAUAAAAUAUUUAAAAUACGAAACAGAAUACUAUCCCUGGCAUUCCGCCAUAACCAACUUUAACUACCUGUUGAUGCAGCUUGGAGAAGAUUCUGUUCUGGGCUCUGAGAUUUCGUCGAUGGUCUUAGAAUUAACAGAAAGUAUAUACGAAAGCUUGUCGUUUACUGAAGUAAAUCCGGAGGAUCAAGUAUAUAUUUUGAAGCUACUGACCAUAUCGAAUGCAGUUUGCAAAUUUGCUGAACAAUCGUGCAUUUCGAAUGCGAAGGAUUUGUUUGAACAAUACAAAGCCGGAACUGGCGUCGACAAAAACCUGCGGGGAUUUGUUUACUGCAACGCUUUGCGAUACAGCGACUCUGCCACCUCUGACUGGAACUUCUUGUGGGAAAGUCUUCAAAGCGAAACGCUAACCUCUGAACGAGAAACUAUAAUUACCGCCUUGGGAUGCACAAAGGACACAGCAGUUCUAAAACAUUACUUGGAUCAAUCCCUAAGCAGCUCAUCAGGCAUAAACUUGGAUGAUGUACCAAAUGUUUGGUUUGCCGUAUACACCGGCAGUUCCGAAGGUGUGGACGUAGCUUUCGACUAUUUAUAUGAGAACUAUACGAAGAUGGCUUCUUAUUACCCUUCCGCUGAUUCCAUCCUUAUUUCUGUCAUAGAAAGGUUCACCAACGAAGAACAGUUGAAGAAAUUAGAAACUUUUAUUUCGCAAGGAAAUGUGGAAUCCUCUGUUAAAGCUCUUGCGCAAUCAGCUCUAAAAUCGUUUAAGGAAAGACUGGAAUGGGUGGUAAAUAUUAAAGACGAUUUAUUGGAUUACUUUGAAAUAUACGCUGAGGACACAACUGAAGAUGCUAUUACCACUCCUGGUAACGCAAACAUGGUUGGAUUGUCGUUUGUAAAAUUAGUUGCCGUCGUUGUAUUAAGUAAAUUGUUUAAGAUAUUUUUGUAAAAUUAGAGUACAGCAAAGACUAUCGAAUAAAAUUAUUUUGCAACGUUUAUAAAUCAUUCUCGUUUCUCUAUAAACUUCAACGACUACGUGUAUUUGUAAGGAAAAUAAACCUGAAACAGACAAUAUCUGUACUCUUUUUAAUAGUAUGAUCUUGAACAAACAACGGAUUUUAUUUACUGUGUGAUGUCUGGGUUUAAAUUAAUGAAUAAGAAUCCUGGUUCUAUAAAAAACGUUGUUGAUAGAAAGAGGAGAUAGUAUGAUAAGCAUCUGUUUGAUAUAAAUGUUUACAUGGAAAAUAAAGUAAUCCGUCUCU